CUCCUGCUGCCCAAACCCCUAUAUAAUUACCCAUCCACCGCCACCCUCUUCCUCCAAGUUUACAAGUUCUACAUUUUUCCUUGUAAAUUACAGUUCUUUGUCUCUCUCUCCUCAGGUUCUGAAAUGGGUAUUCGUUUGCCUUCCAUGAUCUCCAGUGCCAUGCAAAUUCUCAAGAAGCAGUCUUUCCAUGGUAGAAACGAGUCUAAUGUACCUAAAGGGCAUGUAGCAGUUUAUGUUGGAGAAUUCCAGAGGAAGAGAUUUAUUGUUCCAAUAUCAUAUUUGAACCAUCCUUGCUUCCGGGACUUGCUUAACCAAGCUGAAGAAGAAUUUGGCUUCAAUCAUCCAAUGGGCGCUCUUACAAUUCCUUGCAAAGAAGAUACCUUUAUUGAUCUCACUUCUAGGUUUCUUGCCUUGUGAGACAAAAAGAAGAUUCACCAAACCCAUUUCUGCAAUUUUUGACAAGAUAUUCAUCUCUUUUUUUAUCCCUUCUCUUUUUCCCUCCUAGGACAAUGUAUAGGAGGAUUGUGAAGUAUACAUGUGUACAUUUUCCCACGUACGAGUAGAUGAAUCAAUUUUUUCCUUUUUAAUGUUUCUCUUUAAUGAAUCAUGUCCCUUACAUCAAUUUUUCAUUCAAAGAUUUUCUUUGAAGCUCUGCUA